UUGUUUUCUGUAAUUUCCAAAACCUUGACCUUCUUUUCAAAUGUAUUUGAAGUUCUAUUCGAUUUUCGAUGCCUGACAAAAUCAAGGAAUUAUCAAGGAUUUAGUAGUCACUCAGCGAUGUUCAGUCAAUCAUAUAGAGGCAUAUAGCCAGAUGCCAAUGAAACGAAAUAUAAACUAACUUAGAUAAGUUCCAAAGACGAUAUAGAGCCGACACCACAACCUCUACCACCCCAUGUUGUAUAUUAGGAUCAUGUUUAAUAACAAUCAUCUUAAUUUCAAAUUUGAGACCAACAUUUAAAGAAUUCAACGGUAUCCACAACACCAGAUGUGGUUCAAUUCAUAUACAAACUAUGAUUGAGAAACUGAAAUGGACAGAUGGUGGUAGAAAUAUAGCAAAAAAUGAUUUCAACUGAGAUUUUAGUGUCAGAAGAACAAUAACACAAAAACUUCGUUCCGCAAUACGCGUAUGUUGGAUCUAUUGUUUACGCUGAGAGUAAUAAACUGCUGAAACAACCAAUAGACGUGGAGUCGUACCACGUUCGGAGCCAUAAAUCAUCAAUCCAAGAAAUCGGACCUGUGUUAGUACAUUCCAUGCUGCACUUUCUAUCGUUACCAAUGGAACACCGCAUAUCAAGAUGCGACGAUAUACCGCAAACGCAAACAGUAUGCACACAACGCACGUCAUGUAAACGGCGCCGUGAGUGCCGCAAAAUAAGCCUUAUCAAUUCCAUUGAUAUGACCACGUUCGGUACGCCACCAUACCGGAGGGUGGCAAACCGCUUUAUCUAGGUCUAGUUUUUUAUAGUAUUCUUUAGCCCCGUUGGACCUACGGCUGCAGCAGCCCCACGAUCCAGCGGCAGUUCGUCUGCAACGCUCCGGCCACCAUCACCUGGAUCGUACGAAUCUAGUGCUUAGCUCAGCAUCGGUUUCCCUCAUCCUGCACUCCGCUCUGUGCCGUGUUCCGUAACGCGAUUCCGACAUGCCGAAAACCGCCGAAACUAAGUUUGUCAACUCGCUCUUCCUGACCAACCUCAUCCAAACGCAGUACGGUGAGACGGAGGUGAAAAUCAAGGCAUACGAUGUUGAGCCAGCGUCGGCGGACAUUAACGAUCCCUACGCAAGAUCGUCCAUGAACCGGAUCCUCAUUAAGUACACGUCGAAGGAAAACCCCACCGAAACGGUCAUUACGUUUGUGGCGAAAAUUAAACCCACCGAAGGGCUGCUAGUCGAGCAGUUCAAAAAGGCCGAUGUGUUCGAGAAGGAAAUUCUCAUGUACAAGUCGGUACUGCCCAGCAUGGUAACGAUGAUUGCCAAGCUCGGUAGUGUUAUCGAGCUAGCGCCACAACUUAUCUACUCAUCGGAGACACCGUCCGAUCUGGUCGUGCUCGAGGAUCUUACUGCGCGCGGUUACAGCGUGGAGAACCAAACGCUCGGCCUUUCAUACGAGCAGAGCAAGAUGGCGGUCGAAAAGCUGGCCUUCUUCCAUGCUGCCAGCGCUAUGAUGCUGUCGGAAAAUGGACAAGCGUUUCCCAAGUUUACCAAGGGUACGUUCCACGCCGAGCACAAGGAUAAACUGAGCUACUUCCCCGAUACGAUCCGUAUGGUUGGUGAAAUGGCUGCCGAGCUGGACAUUAGCCAGCCGAUGGCGGACAAGCUUCUGAAGCUUCCGGCAAAAGCGCUGCAGAAAGCAAUCGAAGCGUACGAAAGUGAUUUCAAAGGAUUUAAGGUGCUAAACCAUGGUGACUUCUGGACCAACAACAUUCUGUUCAAGUACCAGGGUAACGAGCUGGUGGAUGCAAUUUUCGUGGAUUUCCAAAACUGUGUCGUCGGGUCGCCAAUCAUCGAUCUAGUAUAUUUCCUGGCUGCCUCACCCGCACACGAAGUGCUCGAGAAGCAUCGGGACGAGCUGGUGUACAUCUACCACGAAACGCUCGUACUGCUGUUGCAAAAGAUGGGUUACAUGAAGUCCAUUCCCUCCUUGCUCGAGCUGCAGGUGGAGCUGCUCAAACACGGCUCCCUGCAGGUGAUCUACGCCCUGACUGUGUCGCCGUUUAUGCGUACCAAGGAUGCACACAAUACGCCUCCGAUGCAACCGACCCUGCAUAGUCCCAACCAAUCCACCAACGUAAAGCAGGUUCUGCGUGCCCAUGCUCCGAGCACUGUAGCGCAGCUUAAGGCGUACGAAAUGGUUGGCUUGCUCGAUUGGGGAGCCAACGAGAGCAAAAUUAAGGGCCUUAUGUCGCGCUUCCAACGUUAAGACUCGCGAGAAAUGGCUUAUAGCUUGUCAUUCAAUACAACGGCGGAAAUAAACGCAAAGCUUUUUAGAUGUGAA